GUGCCUCCUUCCUGGGGCCUCCUUGCGCAGCAGGCAGGGACCGAGGGCAGGGAACGGAGAUGUGGUCUUCCAGCCCUUUGUUCCUGCAGACCACCCCCAACCAGCCUGGCCUGGCUCUACGCCCACCCCACCUCCACACGGCUCCCUCCACCACGGCCAUGAGCCGGCCGUAGGACGGGAAGUUUGAGUUGUCUGCAGCCACGGAGCCUGUGAUGUGUGACUGCAGCGGGAAAUGAAGCCAUCGGGUGUGCGGCCUAGGCUAGCUCCUUAACUUCUCCAGGCCCUCGUCUGCUCGUCUGUACAGCGGGAACACCCGUCAGCGUGGCCUGAAGAAUAAGGCAGGGGGCACAUCAGUGCUGGAUGCAAAACUCCCUGUAGCUAACGUCUGUCGCCCGCUCGACCACAAGCAUCUACAAGACAAGGAGCUGUCCACCUGGCCUGCAGCCCUGCGUCCAGGCCACACCCCACCAGGCCCUGUGUCCUGAAAGAAGAGGCAGGCGGGCUGCUCACCCUGUGCCGUGGAGAGCGAUGUCAGGGGUCAGCGGCUGCUGGUCCCACGGGCAGUCUGCGAGGCAGUAACCACCACCUUGCAAAGCUGCGCCCAGAACGCACCUGCCAAGAUGAGUGUAUCCGUGGAGGAGCUGGAGGCCGCGGCCAAGGAAGUGCUAGGCAGACUGAAGAGCCACCAGCUGUUCCAGUCCGAGUGGGACACCGCGGCCUUCAUCGUCUUCCUCACCUUCAUCGGCACUGUGCUGCUGCUGCUGCUGCUGGUCAUUGCCCACUGCUGCUGCUGCUGCUGCUGCUGCGCCUCCCCUGGGACCCCCCGGAAGGUGAGCCCCCGGAAGGAAGGCCCCAAGGGAGUGGACAACUUGGCCCUGGAGCCUUAACACCGCAUCCAGCCAGCCCCUUCUUGAGUGUGCCCCAGGUGACAGGAACAAUGCCUUGUGUUUGCCCAGA